GAGCGGGAGAGUGAAAGGGGCAGAGAGAGAAAGAGGGCACUUGUGCGAUGAUUCCUUAAGAUGAAACUGCAUUUCGGACACCCGGGGGCGAACUCUUCCGCAGUCCCAUUCUCUCGCCCCCCUUCCAACCUUAAAACCAUUUUCAGAACCACUUUAAUUAAUCUAUAUAUAUCUAAACAAAAUACUCUCUUAUAUCUAAGAAAACAUUUUCUGGCCCACUUUGAUUAAUCUCUCCAGUCUCCAGAAAUCCUUCAUUUCAUUGAUCUCUGCAAAUGCAUUCUCUCUCUCUAAAAGCUUCAGUGGUUCAUCUCUAAGAAGAUUACUAUUCCCCAAAUUCUGAUCAACCCAUUACCAGAUCUCAACCACUGUACCCCCAAAUUCACCUUGCCGUAAACCCAUCUUUUUAUCUUUCCACCUUUUUUUCUCUCUCUCCUCCAAUCAUUGAUUUUGGAGGUCCCCCUGCCCAUUAACUGUUGCAGUAACAGAGAUGAAACGUAGGAUUUAAUGCUAUAUAGUUAGCCAACCUUGCAUUAGACCCUGAUCAUCCAAGCUGGAGCAACUCAAAGUAAUUGGAAGGGAGCUCGCCAUGGGCUCCCAAGGUGGAUGGGGUCAAUCGAAGGAGUUCUUAGACCUCAUCAAAUCCAUCGGUGAGGCCAGAUCCAAAGCCGAAGAAGAUCGAAUAGUUUUACAGGAGAUCGAGACCCUGAAGAAGCGAAUCACUGAACCAGAUGUGCCCAAAAGGAAGAUGAAAGAGUACAUAAUUCGACUGGUUUAUGUCGAGAUGUUAGGGCACGAUGCCUCUUUUGGGUAUAUCCAUGCAGUGAAGAUGACUCACGAUGAUGCUCUCCUUCUUAAGAGGACUGGUUAUUUGGCUGUCACCCUCUUUCUCAACGAGGACCAUGAUCUUAUUAUACUCAUUGUGAAUACGAUACAAAAGGAUUUGAAAUCUGAUAAUUAUCUUGUGGUUUGUGCUGCUUUAAAUGCGGUGUGCAAGUUGAUCAAUGAGGAGACAAUACCUGCAGUAUUGCCCCAGGUUGUUGAGUUGUUAGGGCACCAGAAGGAGUCAGUGAGGAAGAAAGCGAUCAUGGCGCUUCAUAGGUUUUAUCAGAAGGCUCCUUCUUUGAUUACUCAUCUUGUCUCUAAUUUUAGGAAGAGGCUUUGUGAUGAUGAUCCUGGAGUCAUGGGUGCAUCUCUUUGUCCUCUUUUUGAUCUUGUUACAGAAGAUGUGAGUUCAUAUAAAGAUUUGGUUAUUAGCUUUGUAAGCAUUCUUAAACAGGUGUCUGAACGCAGACUGCCAAAGACUUAUGAUUACCAUCAUAUGCCAGCUCCAUUCAUUCAGAUCAGAUUGCUAAAAAUUUUGGCAUUGCUUGGUGCGGGCAACAAACAAGCAAGUGACAACAUGCAUACUGUCCUGGGUGAUAUGUUUAGGAAGUGCGAGUCCACAAGCAACAUAGGGAACGCCAUUUUAUAUGAAUGCAUAUGUACUGUUUCAUCUAUAUACCCCAAUGCCAAAUUGUUAGAAGCUGCAGCUGAUGUAACUUCAAGAUUUUUGAAGAGUGAAAUUCAUAAUCUGAAAUAUAUGGGUAUCGACGCACUCAGCAGACUCAUCAAAAUAAAUCCAGACAUUGCAGAAGAACACCAACUUGCAGUAAUUGAUUGCUUAGAGGAUCCUGAUGAUACUCUGAAGCGGAAAACUCUAGAUCUGCUUUAUAAAAUGACAAAAUCCAGCAAUGUCGAAGUAAUUGUUGAUCGGAUGAUUGAUUACAUGAUUAGCAUCAAUGACACACACUAUAAAACAGAAAUUGCAUCUCGGUGUGUUGAGCUUGCAGAGCAAUUUGCACCCAGUAACCAGUGGUUUAUCCAGACCAUAAAUAAGGUCUUUGAGCAUGCUGGUGAUCUUGUAAAUGUCAAAGUGGCUCAUAACUUGAUCCGCCUAAUUGCUGAGGGAUUCGGGGAGGAUGAUGAAGGUGCAGAUAAUCAACUGAGAUCUUCUGCUGUAGAUUCAUAUUUACGUAUCAUUGGAGAACCUAAGCUUCCUUCAGUGUUUCUGCAAGUCAUUUGUUGGGUUCUUGGGGAGUAUGCAACAGCAGAUGGGAAAUAUUCUGCUUCAUAUAUAAUGGGAAAGCUAUGUGAUGUGGCAGAAGCUCACUCAAAUGAUGACACUGUUAAGGGUUAUGCUGUUACGGCUAUCAUGAAGAUAUGUGCAUUUGAAAUUGCAGCUGGAAGGAAAGUUGAAUUGUUGCCAGAGUGUCAAGCUCUAAUUGAUGAACUGUCAGCAUCACAUUCAACAGACUUGCAGCAACGUGCAUAUGAACUGCAGGCACUCUUGGGUUUGGAUUGUCAUGCUGUUGAGUGUAUAAUGCCAUCAGAUGCAAGCUGUGAAGAUAUUGAGGUGGAUAAAAAUGUUUCAUUCUUAAACAGCUUUGUGCAACAAGCCCUGGAGAAAGGAGCAACGCCUUACAUUCCGGAAUCCGAGCGCACCGGAUCAAUAAGUGUUACCACCUUCCGUAACCAAGACCAAACUGAGGCCUCCUCUCAUUCCCUAAGAUUCGAGGCCUACGAGCUUCCAAAACCCUCACUCCCUACACGGGCGGCACCAAGCUUGCCCUUACCUUCUUCAGACCUUGUUCCAGUGCCCGAAUCAUAUCAACCAUAUGAAACCCCCCAACCUAUGCAGCCUCAACCCAUCACUGAUUCUUCAUCAACUGAACUUGGACUAAAACUCAAAUUAGAAGGUGUUCAAAAGAAAUGGGGAAGACCAAGCUAUUCAUCUCAAUCCACACCCUCCACUUCUCAGACCAUGAAUCCUAAAACAGCAAAUGGCAUCACACAUUCAGAGAUUAAAGAGGCCAUCUCUUAUGAUUCAAGGAAGCAGCAGCACGAGGUUUCUGCUGAAAAACAAAGGCUCGCAGCUUCUCUAUUUGGGGCCUCAUCAUCAAAGAGUGAGAAGAAAACACAGGGUUCAAAGGCUAUGAAAUCGAGCCCUGCAAGAGUGGAAAAGCCCCAAGCCCCCACUUCCGAGAAGGCUCCAACACCUGUGCAACAACCUCCUCCUCCUGACCUGCUUGACCUCGGCGAUUCGACACAGUCUAAUGCUCCUCCGAGUAGUGCAGUAGUGGACCCUUUUAUGCAACUAGAGGGACUUUUGGGCGUGCCUCCACAAGAAGUUUCUUUGGAGUCUAACCCAGGAGCCAGUGCCUCAAGCCAAUCGGUAAACCUCAUGGCCCUCUAUGAGGAUACACCUGGUGUUGGUCAGCUAAGCUCGUUUGCUGGGUCCUUUGUAGCUGGUAAUCCAAGUGUACAAUCUAGGAGUCCUCGUGUAGGGUCCUCAUCUGUGGGAUCCACUGCGAAGAAGGGCCCGUCUCCUCAAGAUUCAUUAGAGAAAGAUGCGGUUGCGAGGCAGGUAGGUGUGACUCCAUCUGGUCUGAACCCUAACCUCUUCAGGGACUUACUUGGCUAAGUGUUCCGAUAAGAUGAGCUUUUUGUCUAUGAUUGUUGGAGAAUUGUCUUCUUGCAAAGUUCUCAUUUCACAGGUGUCUUUUUCUAAGAAGGCUAAAUAUUGGGGCACGGCGAGAGGUGUGCAGUAAGUCAUGGAUUUACGUGAUGUGAAAUUUAGAUUCUCAGAAGAAUAUUGAGAGUAGGCUGGUUUUGUAAUUUAAGACAUUUUAUCUUUUGAAAGUUGGUGGCUGUUGUAGAGGGAUGAAGAGGACAUUGUUGGAGACUGAUACAAGCGAGAAUUCUUGUGCCAUUCCUGAGGUUGUUGGGUCGGGUUCUUCAGCUUGCUUGGACUCUCGAUUUUUUUUGGGACUGUGGGACAAGUGGCUUUGGAUAUUUGAACUGCUUGUGGAAUGAAUGGAUGAAAUAAUCUCUCUCUCA